AUGAUUCUUCAUUUCGUUUUNAAGGGACAAUUUAAGAAAGACUUUAGAACUGGAUAUGGAGUAAUGCAUUAUGCAAAUGGUGAUAUAUAUUAAGGAGAAUGGUUUGAGGAUCAAAAAUAAGGAAAAGGGAAAUAUUAUUAUAGUAUGACAAAUGAUACAUUCGAUGGGGAUUGGAUUAGAGAUAAAAAGCAUGGAAAAGGAAUAUACACAUUUGGGUAUGAUAAUUAUUCUGAUUUUAGAAAUGGAGAUAUUUAUGAAGGAGAAUGGAGUCAAGAUAAAUGGCAUGGUAAAGGAAAGUAUACUUCAAAAGAUAGAACUUAUAUGUAUGGAGAAUUUAGGAAUCAUAAAUUCGUUACUCCGAUGAAUUGA